GGGUUCCGGCGCGGGCGCGCUUCCAAACGCCGUGGUAAAUCGGGACUUGCGCAAGCCACGGGUGUAGCGUGUCGCCUCCGGGGCCUCGAGAGCGUGGCGCGGCGGCAGCAUGCCUCACAGAAAGAAAAAGCCCUUCAUAGAGAAGAAGAAAGCUGUGUCUUUUCACUUGGUCCACCGGAGCCAAAGAGAUCCUUUAGCAGCAGAUGAGACUGCACCCCAGAGGGUUCUGUUGCCUACACAGAAGGUAAAUGAGGAAGAAAGGCGGGCAGAGCAGAGGAAGUACGGUGUGUUCUUUGAUGAUGACUAUGACUACCUGCAGCACCUGAAGGAGCCGGCCGGCCCCGCAGAGCUUAUUCCCACAGACGGCUUCGCUGCACAUAGCAGGAGAAACGAGGAAGAAGAUGCUUCAGUAAUUCCAAGCACCGGAAUUAAGUUGCCUUCAUCGGUGUUUGCGUCCGAGUUUGAGGAAGAUGUUGGAUUGUUAAAUAAAGCUGCCCCUGUUUCAGGCCCUCGACUGGAUUUUGAUCCUGACAUUGUUGCGGCUCUCGAUGAUGAUUUUGACUUUGAUGACCCAGAUAAUCUGCUUGAAGAUGAUUUUGUCCUUCAGGCCAAUAAGCCACCAGGAGAGGAAGAGGGUGUGGAUAGACAGACGUUUGGAUCUGAAGAUGGCAGCGAAUGGGAAGAUGUGGAUGACGCACAGGAAGGAGGCGGUAACGCCGAGUGUGACUCGGAAGGGCUGUUGUCAGAUGAAGACGAUGUGUCCGCCCCAGGCGGACCUGGUGGAGCAGCGGAGAGGCACCUUUUCUGGGAAGAGGAGGCAAAGAGCCGCUUCACAGAGUAUUCGAUGACUUCCUCGGUCAUGAGGAGGAAUGAACAGCUGACUCUGCAUGACGAGAGGUUUGAAAAGUUUUAUGAGCAGUAUGACGAUGACGAGAUUGGUGCUCUGGACAACUCAGAGUUGGAGGGCUGCAUCCAGGUGGACAGCAGUCGGCUGCAGGAGGUGUUGAACGACUACUAUAAGGAGAAGGCAGAGAACGGAACAGACGUCCGGACCUGCGUGAGGGCAGAGGCAGGGCUGGACGGACAGGGCUGUGUCCAGUUGAGCACCCUCGAGCCCCUGGAGGACCUGCCUGCGAACGAGCUCGAUGAGUCAGAUGCAGAAGAGACCACUGCUGUCGUGAUCAAAGAAACCAGAGAGAAGUGGGAUUGCGAAUCCAUCUGUAGUACAUACUCAAAUUUAUACAACCAUCCACAGCUCAUUCAGCACCCACCAAAGCCCAAACAAAUCCGAAUAUCUUCUAAAACAGGGAUACCUCUCCACGUCUUAUCUGAGAAGGGCCCCACGGCAAAGCAGGUGGAACGAAUGCAGAUGAUAAGUAGUGGCGAUCUGCCCAAGGUAUCAACCCAACCACGCUCUAAACACGAGAACAAAGAAGAGAAGCGAGCCAGGAAGCAGGCUGUCCGGGAAGAACGCAAGGAACGGAGACUGGAGAAGAAAGCCAACAAAUUGGCCUUCAAACUGGAGAAGAGAAGGCAGGAAAAGGAGCUGCUGAACUUGAGAAGAAACGUUGAGGGUCUGAAGCUGUGACCUGAGCACACAGAAGACAGCGGUGCCCACAGGGACGCCUCGUUCUGUUCCUCGAUGACCAGGGCGCUUUGUGGGACACGUGCUCUGCUGUUUUCACUGACAGAUGCCAAGAAAGUACAAUGACUGUUUUUAUACAAAUGAGUUUUCUUUGCUGACCAUCUUGUAAAUAUUGUCGUAUUUUAAACUUAAAAUGUUGUAAGCUAAGAUUUGCUCUGAAAUAAAUGGCUCCAUGAACAUGAAAUGUUGGGAUAAAUUAAAGGAAAAUGUCCUCCUAACUUGAAUGGAA